AUGAGACAACAAACCAGAGUUAUAGCAGCUCUUGUUGAGGGGUGUUCAAUAAGUGCAAAAAACAUCCAAGAGGGGCUUUUCACUAUCUUGUUUACUUUUUCGACUAAGAAGAAAGAAAGUAUUGCACAAAACCUUAAAUUUUCAAUUUUAAGUCUUAGAGAAAAUUGUGAAAAUAUUUUUGAAAUCUCAUAUUGUAAUGUCAAGGUUGUAUUAAACCUAAAGUAUGAAUCAUUUUCUAAUAUAAACUAUGAUAUUCAACCUAUCUACAUAAUACACCGUAAUAGUGAUGGCAAAUUUCAGUCAACAUCUGAUGACAACGAAAAUGAUGUCAGCGAUGCUUUAGCCAACAUCGAUUUGGCUUUGAAGCUGACACAAUGUGUUAUCUCAACAAAAUUCAAUGAGAAUAGGUUGGGAGAGAGAUCUUUCGCAUUGAGAAAAUGUGAGGAAUUUUAUAGCAAUAUUGAUGUUGAAGAGGCAAGGAAAAUGAAUCAAUGGGAACUGUACGAUGAAAUCGCCAAAGAAAUAUUGAACAAAAAUGGAUCUGACGUCAGAAAGUAUCGAAAGUUUGUUGCUUUUGUUAGCUGCACAUUGUUCCAAGGACUUGAAGAGAACGAAGAAUAUUCUUAUAGCAAUAUUCAAAGGAAAACUUUAGCAAAUCCUGCUCUCGGUGGUGGUUUUCUUUGUCUUAUGGGAUCUGGAAGUCUUUUUUCAUAUCCAAAAAAUGUUGAAUCAGUUCAAGCUGCAUUCCAAAAUAAAAAGAAAGUCGAUCUGAAUCAAGUUCUAGAUGAUAGUAAUUACAGAAAAACCUAUGGAGGAUGUUUUUCAACAUCUCUUGGUUCUCUCAUCCAUGAAAUUGGACACAUUUUUGAUCUCGCACAUACAGAAAGCGGUUUAAUGGGUGACGAUAUCGACUACGUUCAUAGAUUUUUCUUGACAGAAUUAUUUACCGAAGUUUUACCUAAAAGAAGCAUUCGAUGUCAGAUCAAUAAAGAUUUGCAAUCGAAAUUUGAUAUCUCGAAGAAAUUUACAAUACUUAAGAAACCUGGAGGAACAUUUUUAGAGAAAUAUCAUCAACAAAAAAAUAAUGACAUGACAUUCUUCGAACAGAGUUGUCUUGUUACACUUUGGAAUCAUAAAUGGUUCACACAAUCGCGACAUUUCGAUGAGAUAACUUUUAAUCAUGAAGAAAAAAUUCUAAGAUCGAAAGAUUCAUUUAUAAGAGUGAUUGAAAUUCGUGAAUUGGAACAUAAAAAUCGAAUAGUUAUCAAAUCUUGGAUCUUUUCAGAUAUUAAUUUGAGUGAAUUCUCCUUUCCCAAAGAAAUUUUAUUAAAAAGUAUUUCAAUAUUUGCAAUCUCAUCAAACGGAGUAAUUUAUAAAGAAGACUUUAAUUAAUGUUUAUUGUUAGCAAUUCAC